CUAUUUAACGGCUCAUUUUUGUAGCUAUCAAAGGGCACGGCUAAGGCUGACUCAAUACCUCCGAAAAAUGAAGCUCGUGAUAUUCGCCUUUCUGCUGAACGUUGUCUGGAGUCGGAAACCCGCCGGAUGCGGGAGGCCGUCGAUCGAACCUUUCAUAGAGCCCGAAGACCGCAUUUAUGGCGGUAGGGUAGCCAUGCCGGGAAGCUGGCCUUGGCAAGCGCAGUUACAACUGCGCGGCCGCGGACAUAUUUGCGGCGGUUCCCUGAUCAGCGAUCAGCACGUUCUGACUGCCGCACACUGCGUCUGGGGAACACGGCCGGCAAGCUUGAAGAUUCACCUCGGUUCACACCGGCGCCUAAGACGAGAACCAGGGGAGCUUGUUGUCGACGUCCAUGAAAUUUGCAUCCAUCCUGCUUCUCGUGCCAGCCUCCCAGCGGGUUUAGGGCAGGACAUCGCAAUCAUCAAGUUGAAGAGCAAGGUGAACACGACGACGACCAUACAGCCAGUGUGCUUGCCCGAAAACCACGAAGAACUGUCCAAUACAUCGAAGGUGUUCGUUCUUGGUUGGGGAGAGACAGAACGCAGCCGAGGUUCACCAGUACUGAAACAGACUAGGGUGCAGUACUUAUCAAACAGUGAUUGCAGAGCUAGAGGAGUAACAGUAAUUUCACAAAUAUUCUGUGGAGGUCAUAUCCAUGGCAGCACCUGCAGGGGCGACAGCGGUGGACCUGUUGUGCACAGAAAUGGCGGCGUGUGGUCGCAACAUGGCAUCGUCAGCGGAGGGCCCUUUAAUUGUGGAUGGUCAUACGCACCGCAGUUUUUUGUCAAAGUGUCAUCCUACGUUGACAACUUCAUUGCACCUUACAUAAAUUCGAAAACAAGUCGCGAUAAAAUUCGGAGUAUAUGCAGACUAGUUAGUUCGUAAGAUGCCGUGAAACACCAAAUAGACAGCAUUAGUGUACUUUUUUUUUACUUAAUGGAAAAUUGACCUUUAUGCUGAUUUAUGGAACACAAUAGAUGGGCGAUUGUGUAGCAUACGUGCAAUGGUCUACGAAAUUGACUUUUUGUGUAGGUCACGUGAUGUUAACUUUUCUGCUAAACUUAGAAAAUAAAAUACAUUGUACAGUCAACGUGACAUAAGGUUACGUGACGUCAAUUUCCCUGCUAAGUUUAGCGCGGAAGCUGAAUUCGUGUGUAGGUACCGGCAGACUUUGUGCUCGUUACUCGAAAAAUGAAAUGAAUCACAAUUACAAAUUACCAAGCCUCAACUGUAAUUAAUUACCGUUACAAAUUGCUUUCGCUGAAAAGUAACAAAUUACUUUUCUCGUUAUAUUACAAAUUAUUUUCACGUUACUUUUUCUGUACACUUAUCCAGAAAACGAUAGAAACAAUUUUGAUCUUUUUAAAAAAAUAUUCCGCAGCUCUACUUUUCAUUUCUUAUACGCCCGUCUGAUGGUUAAUGUUCUUUUAAAAAUAAAAUAUUGCAUUCAAAAGAAA